GCUCAGUUGCCGUCCGUACGACAUCGCCGACAUCGGACGCGGUUGUCGUCGACCGGCAUCGCGCCCCGUUUCCGCCUCGGCCGAAGGCAAAAAUCGCUUUCGCAUUUCUCUCGUCGGUCAUUGAAGUCACGCGCGCGCGCGCCGCAAGGUUCCUCCAAGGAAAAUGAUCUCCACGCGACUACCGCUCUGCGCCACUCGCCCCCUGAUAGAAGGGAAAACGCGUACGGACAGCGUAUUCGGGCCGGCGACAGCCAUCGUCAUCUAAGGGGAGGAACUUUCGCAACCUGGGAGGAACGUGUCAGGGACGCCCGGAGGCUGCGAAGUGAUCGAUCACGCCGGAUGGAUCGCCCGGAUGGUGAAAGAGGCAGCUUACGCAACGCGGAUUAGUCGUAUACGGUUUCUCGUGUGAGUAGGUGGACACCCCCCCGCGAGAGGCUCGUUGACAUCAUCCGGGCGCGAGGACGCUCGUAGAGACCUCGGGACCGCCGGCCAGCGCGGCGAUUUGGAUCGCCGGUGUAACCUGGACCGCCCGACAGAAACGAUGUAUCGUCGAAACGUGAGGUACAUGAAGCCGAAAAAGAUCGUGAUCCGCCGACGCAAGAACAAGUACUCCCUGGGCAGGAAGAUGAACACGAUAAUCAUGACGCGUCGUUCGUUUAUCAACAUGUCAAUGUUGAGGAUGUCGGAUUAGGAUUCCGUGCCGCGCGGGGAAACGGUGGAGGUGGAGAUUUGGCGCACCGGGCGGCUGCUGCCGCACGUUAUGCUCCAUCGCGGAAGGUACACUCGCGUGUCAAGGUGAUCACCGUCAUGCUUUUCGCGGGUCGGGAAAGGGGAACGAGCGGGACCAGCGGGACGAUCGCCGGGGAGGAAUAGGAGCGUCCGUCCCUCCCCCCCCUCCCUCCUCCGGAGGCCUCGGGCACCGUCAUCGGCAGGGGGCUGACCUUGACCCGAAAACUACCGCGGGGCGGAAUCGGAAGCGACUCGCUCUCGUGGAGCAUUAGCCGCGGCCCGCGUGUGUGCCGUGCACCGCGGAGGAGCGGCGAUUAGGCGCGAACGUCGUCCGGCGACGACGUUGCCCGGCGAGGGGGCCAGCCGCGUGUGCUUAGUGCCUGGGUGGAUGUACACGAAGGCAGAUCAACACUCGCUAAGCGCUGCGGGAGGCAGACCGUAGGAAAGAACGGCGAGCGAGCGGUGACAGCGCGGCCCCGGGGAAGAGGUGGUACGGGGUAUACUGGGCACGCUGCUGCUGCUGCCUGCUGCUGAACGGUGGUGGACCGGCGAAGGAAGGAGACAGAUAACGCCGCCGCCGUCUCGUAAUGCACGAUGGUGCAUUAGCCGGGAGUCGCGGGACCACCGUGCGAUUUCUCUCGAACAGCCUGAGCCCGAGAGAGUCCAGGUUUUCCAUUUCGAUCUCGGACCGAUCGUGCACCGUCGGACAAUUGAGAGAGAACUCUACAAUUCCUCUAGUCCUCUAAGAGGGAGAUUAGAUUUGGACCUGCCUUUCUUCCUCCUUGGCGUGAAAUCAUGUCCGAGAUCACGACGACGAUCGGUACGCCCGCCGGGCUCGCACCCGGCGAGAAGAAACAGUCGAUCGCCGUGGCCGACAAGUCCGACAGCGCCGUCACUUGGAAGUCCAUGAGCAUCCGGCAGAAAUGGUCCUUCCUGACCAGCAACAUCACCGUCGAGCCGAUGGUCGCGUGCUACGUGAUACCCAGCGUGCUCUCCCAGCUGGCCACGCAGAAUCUCAUCCUCGAGAAGGCGUGCCGGGUGAACCUGGCUUACUCGGACGAGGUGUGCUCAGCUCUGUCCGCCAGGAACACGACCGGCUACGAGGCCGAGGAGACCGCGGUACAGCAGAUGGUGGCGCGUAUGCAGACCUGGAAGACGCCGCUGCAGAGCGCCCUGCCGACCAUGCUGAUCCUGUUCAUGGGCGCGUGGAGCGAUCGCACCGGCCUGAGGAAGCCCUGCAUGCUGCUGCCGAUCAUCGGCGAGUUCUUCAGCAGUGUCACCCUCAUCGCCUGCACCUACUGGUUCAACGAGCUGCCCAUGGAGGUGGUCGUGCUCGAGUCGCUGUGGCCCGCGCUGACCGGCGGCUGGUUCACCAUGUUCAUGGGUAUCUUCAGCUACAUAGCGGACAUCACGACAGUGGAAUCGAGAACUCUUAGGAUCGGCGCGGCCAACGUCUUCGUAUCUUUGGGCGUGCCGAUCGGCAUGGCCCUAUCAGGGAUAUUGUACUCGAAGCUGGGUUUCUAUGGUGUUUUCAGCAUCGCGAUGGUGUGUUACAUACUAAGCUUUGUGUACGGCCUAGUGGUUAUCAAGGAGCCGCCGAGGGUGAUCAUAGAACGCUCGCGGAAAAAGUCUCUACCGAGUGAGGGUAAGCGGACCUCGUUGUGCGCCUUUGUGCUGGACUUUUUCUCGUUGAAACAUAUAGAGGAGACGUUUCGCGUGGCGUUCAAGAAAGGGGCGCACAAUCGCCAGAAGAGGGUCAUCGUGCUCAUGGUCAUUAUUAUGGUCGUCAUCGGACCUCUUUACGGCGAAAUGGCGGUUCUCUAUCUUUACAUGCGGUACCGAUACAACUGGAACGAAGUGACGUUCAGCAUGUUCUCCACGUUUGGCAUGGUAACUAAUCUGAUCGGUACCGCGAUCUCCGUCGGUAUCUUCAACAUUCUCAAGAUAGACGACGCGAGUGGUAUCAUGAGCUGCACGAGUAAAAUUUUAGCAAGUUUCGUUUACGCGUUCGCCACGUCCGCCUGGAUGGUCUACGUAGCCGCUAUCGUGGAAAUCGUGAACGGCACGUCUUUCAUCGCCAUGCGAUCGAUAGCCUCCAAGCUCGUGCCCACGGACGAGCUCGGUAAGGUGAAUUCGCUGUUCGGCGUAUGCGAGUCCCUGAUGCCGCUCGUUUACGGGCCAAUGUACAGCGCCAUUUACGCGGCGACCAUAAAUACGUUUCCGGGGACGUUCUUCAUCGCCGGAGGCUGCAUGACAAUGCCCGCGGUGUUUGCAUUCUUUUGGCUGUACACGGAGCAUCGAAAGGAUCGCAUGCUGAAGGAGCAGAAGGAACCCGAAGCCAUGAUGAAUCAUAAGGGCGAGGACGCGACAGAUUACAAUUUGAAGGCAUCGAACCCUCGGACCAUCGUGGACCCGCAGAAGAACCCACAGAAGGCCGAGAUGAUGAAUGGCAUAGACAACGCGGCCUUCGAAUCCGAGCAGUUGUGAUCUCACGAUUUACGUGAUCAUUUUUUUUUAAUACGAAGACGUACGAUACAUCAAUAAUACCUCAUCAAAAAGACAAGGACUGAAGGGAUACCUUAAGGCCACUACUGCGAUAAUUAAUGUUGGUCACGUUGUUGAUGAAGGUGCUAGCGAAUUGGCUUCACGAGGAGAAAUGAUACCACUUUAUUAGCAAUCAAACGGUAUAUAUAUAAAUUCAAGGUGUACGAAGAGAUUCCGACGAUUCGUUGCACCUUUCGUUACACCUUCGGGAAGGUUGAACUUGAGAAACUCUCAAUAGUGAAGAUAACAGUACUAAUUUAGUGACAAUAAAAGGAACAAAAUAAUUUUUUAGAGUUAAAGGAGAAAUGCUUCUCCAAACUGAUGUCUAAUGGAAUUCUCGUUCUGGAGUUUUCAGUGCCCCGUGAGAGAACGAAUUAGGCAAUUCUGAAUUACGGCAUUUCUUAAAUCCUACGCAACUGCUAACUGUUAUCACCUUCAUACUGCAUCAAGGUGUAAAUAAAGCACUUUAUUGGGACUUCCUCUUUGCCAUCCAUGACUUCACUUACUGCUGCUUGUAGAUCUUGUUUCAAGUAUUCUCAAGAGAUGAGAGAUACUCCGAAUGAAGGAUAACUACCAGCUUAUUUCUAAUUUAACGUUUUUAGCGGGAAAUAGUGACUAACGAGAGUUAAAAGAGAUACGUUUUUUUUUUUUUAAGAUUUGACGACGUGCAAUUAAUGCAAUUCACUUAUUUUUAGAAAGAACAUAAUUCCGAGCAUCCUUGGUUUUUUUUAUUAACCACGAAAAAAAACACUCUUUGAUCUGCUACAUAAAUACGUACGAAGGUCCCACUUUAAUAUCUUUCAGAGUAAAGUUCUUUCUAAGAUGACUCAUUUAGUUAUAUGUAAUAUAUACUAUACAUAUGUAAUAUAUAUAUAUAUAUAUAUAAUUUGUUGUCAUUUCUUGCAAA